CCCCCCCCCCCCCCCCCCCCCCUCUCCCUCUCUCUCUCUCUCUCUCUCUCUCCCUUUUAAAAUUUGAGGUUGAGACUGGUUCAUAUAUAUACAGAGAGAGAAGGGAAGGCGGAAAAAGAAAACCCAAAUAAAUAAAAAAAUGACUACAAACACAAACGGUGUCAUAGAGGAAGCAAACGUUCCAUUGCUGCAAGACUUAGCUUCAACAGUUCCAUUGAAAGAAGAAGAAGAAGGAGUUCUUGUUAAAAGGGUUUGGAUUGAAUCAAAGAAGCUAUGGCACAUAGUUGGUCCUGCAAUCUUCAGCCGCCUUGCUUCUUUCUCCAUGUUCGUCAUCACCCAAGCCUUUGCUGGCCAUAUGGGUGACCUUGAACUCGCUGCAAUCUCCAUAGCUACCAAUGUCAUCGUUUCCUUCGAUUUUGGUCUCUUGCUGGGUAUGGCAAGCGCUUUGGAAACUCUAUGUGGGCAAGCAUACGGAGCCAAGCAGUAUUACAUGAUGGGUGUAUACCUGCAACGUUCAUGGAUUGUUCUGUUCAUCUGCUGCAUUCUGCUUUUGCCUCUGUAUCUCUUUGCCUCUCCAAUACUAAAGCUUUUGGGUCAGCCUCAUGAUGUGGCAGAGCUAUCCGGAGUGGCUUCCCUGUGUUUUUUACCUGUCCACUUCAGCUUUGCGUUUCAGUUCCCUCUGCAGAGAUUCUUGCAGAGCCAGCUGAAGAACAAUGUGAUAGCUGUGGUGUCUUUUGCAGCUCUGGUUGUCCAUGUGAUUGUCAGUUGGUUGUUUGUGUAUAAAUUUCAGCUUGGAGUUAUUGGAACUGCACUAACUCUCAGUGUCUCUUGGUGGGUGUUGGUGCUCGGUCUUCUGGUUUACACCCUGUUUGGUGGGUGUCCAUUGACUUGGUCUGGUUUCUCCAUUGAAGCAUUUUCAGGCCUUUGGGAGUUUACGAAACUUUCUGCUUCUUCCGGGGUUAUGCUCUGCUUGGAAAACUGGUAUUAUAGAAUACUGAUAGUGCUGACAGGAAAUCUAAGCAAUGCCGAGAUUGCGGUGGAUGCGUUAUCAAUAUGCAUGUCAAUUAACGGUUGGGAAAUGAUGAUUCCUUUCGGAUUUUUUGCUGCUACAGGAGUGAGGGUGGCAAAUGAGCUUGGAGCAGGGAAUGGAAAAGGAGCCAAGUUUGCCACAAUAGUAUCAGUGACGACGUCCAUAAUUAUUGGUAUCUUCUUCUGGUUUUUAAUACUGAUAUUCCACAAUGAGAUUGCCUUAAUAUUUUCUACGAGUAAACCUGUCCUGCAAGAGGUGAAUAAACUUUCCAUCCUCUUAGCUGUCACAAUUCUGCUCAAUAGCGUUCAGCCUAUUCUCUCUGGAGUGGCUGUGGGAUCUGGAUGGCAAUCCUAUGUUGCUUAUAUAAAUAUAGGUUGCUAUUAUCUGAUUGGAGUACCAAUUGGAUAUUUUAUGGGAUGGAUUUUCAAUCAAGGAGUCAUGGGAAUUUGGGCUGGCAUGAUUGGGGGGACAGCAAUUCAGACCUUGGUAUUAAUAUUCAUUACCGUUCGAUGCGAUUGGGAUAAAGAGGCCGAGAAAGCAAGUGCACAUUUAUUGAAGUGGGGAGAAAAAAAGCAACUACAUUGAAAUAAAUAUACCGAUUCUGGGUUCCCAUAUAUAUGUAUAUACAACAUUAACAAAAAUGGCAUUUUGUCAGGCUUAAUUAUUUACCAAGUUUUUAUAAUUUGACUAAGAUCGAUUACGAAGAUAUAUUUGUAAUGAACUCUUGUACGACGAUGUACACGGAUUAAGAUAAGUAAUAUUUACACUCCUCUGUAUGAUUUUGUGGCAGAGGAACGACAUGGUCUUUUUCAUGACUGUGACGUACAUCAAUAUCAACAUGGCUAGCUAUUGAUUUUAAAUUUUA